UCUAAUACAGUAUGUUAUGUCUGAAUGUGUUCUAAUACAGUAUCUGGAUGUCAUAAGGUGAAUUCACCAAUUUGUAAGUCGCUCUGGAUAAGAGCGUCUGCCAAAUGACUUAAAUGUAAUGUAAAUGUAAAUGUUAACUUAUCUCUGAACUAACUGCAUCCUCCAGGCAGAGUGUGUUAGCCGUCAAGCCUGCUGGGAGGAGCGAUCCCUGUGUGUGUGUGUGUGUGAGUGAGUGCUGGGAGAGGUAGUGACCCUGUUAGAGAAGGAGGGAGGGAUUGUGGGGAUCUGGUGAAUGUCUCCUGCCUGCCGCAGUGAGAGAAUUACCUUCACUUCUCUCUAUUUCUCCCGGGAGUGACGUCGUUAGGCAGUACUUAGUGGCGGAGUAGCGGUGGUUUUGCCUGGGGGCCUCGACUAUGAUCAGAUCAGAUGAGCCCCUCUGAAUCCUGUUACACUCUGGCUUAGAGAAGACAGUGGAGAGAAGAAGAGGGAGUCAGAGUUCCAUGUGGCUAUCUUCCAUCAACCCCCCUGCCCAUUCCCCUCCAGGAAAAAGGAGUCAGUUGCAGAGUGAAGGAAAACACAAGACUGUGAAAGAAAACAAGAAAAACGUCAAAAGACUCGUCUUGAAGGAGGGAGAGAAACACAAACUGGGCGAGAGGAGGGGCUGCCUCAGGCAUGGGCAAACAGAACAGCAAGCUACGACCGGAGGUGUUGAAUGACCUGCGCGAGAACACAGAGUUCACUGACCACGAGCUCCAGGAGUGGUACAGAGGCUUCCUAAAAGACUGCCCCACGGGCCACCUGACUGUGGAUGAGUUCAAGAAGAUCUAUGCCAACUUCUUCCCGUACGGGGACGCCUCCAAAUUUUCCGAGCACGUCUUCCGCACGUUCGACACCAACGCAGACGGGACGAUAGACUUCAGGGAGUUCAUCAUCGCGCUGAGCGUAACGUCACGAGGCAAGCUGGAGCAGAAGCUCAAGUGGGCCUUCAGCAUGUACGACCUGGAUGGAAAUGGCUACAUCAGCCGCGCGGAGAUGCUGGAGAUCGUACAGGCCAUCUACAAAAUGGUGUCCUCGGUCAUGAAGAUGCCAGAAGACGAGUCCACACCUGAGAAGAGGACAGACAAGAUCUUCAGACAGAUGGACUCAAACAACGAUGGUAGGCUGUCCCUGGAGGAAUUCAUCAAAGGUGCCAAGAGUGACCCGUCAAUAGUCCGUCUGUUACAGUGUGACCCCAGCAGUGCCAGUCAGUUCUGAACACACACACACACACACACACACUACGUUUAAGCCCACUGUCACAUGACUAAUACUAUAUAAAUAUUGUAAUUUUCAUCACUGUUGUUUUGAAGAUGGUUUGAUUUGUACUGUGACAGUUCCAUUUCAAUCCAUAGGAGGAUGUUUAUAAAAAGUACUCAUUUUCAUAUUGUA